CGCCGCAGACACCAGCACCUAGGCACUGACCAGGCCGCCCCUGCCGCUCCACCAUGAAGCUGCUGAGCCUCGCGGUGCUGCUGCUCACCGCCUGCAGCCUCGAAGGGACUGUGGUGCGGAGACAGGCGGAGGAGUCGAGCCUGCAGAGCCUGUUCUCUGGGUACUUCCAGGCCGUGGCCGAGUACAGCAAGGAGCUGGUGGAGAAGGUCAACGGCCAGCAGCUCAAGGAGCAGGCCCGGGGUUACCUGGAGGAGACACAGGAGAAGCUGUCACCCCUGGUCGAGAAGGCUCAAAGUGACCUGCUGACCUUACUUGGUUACUUCGUGGAGCUGAAACCGCAGCCCGAUGCCCAGCCACCGGCAGCUGCGCAGCCCACGCCCGCCAGCCGCUAGAACGCCCUCCGGCUGGGCCCCCUCCCUCUCCACUCCUCGUCUCUGCAAUAAAUAGCAAAGGGA